CUAACCCGACCCCGGGGGCCGUCCUCCGAACCCCAGCGCCGCCCACAGGAAACCUAGAUCUCGAAACCAUGGCCACCGCCGGCCGCCCCGCCUGGGUCCUCUUUGGUUCUCAAGGCUACUUCGGCGACGACUUCAACGAGGCGACCGCCACUGCAUCCACGAGAGCGGGCCGGAGCAUCAAGGCCUCCUUCUUCCCCGCCCCCCCGCCUCACCCCUCCAAGCUCUGCGUCCACAGCCCCGGCGCCACCGCUGAGGGCAUCGAGGCACCCCGCGUCAUCGCCGUCGCCGGCGAUCUCAUCCUAUUCCGCGUCGCCAUCGAGACCGGCGGCCUUCUCUGGGUCAACCGUCCCCUCUCGCUGGUCCAAUGCGACUACUUCAUCUACCGUGCCGACCCCAAUCGGCCCAUGCUCAGGCGGCUCCCCCGCAUCGGUCGCCCCCGCACUUAUUUCCAGGACUGCGAGGUCGGCAUCCUUCCCCGUGGAGACGACGACUACACCAUCGCCGCGCUGAUUCCCUCCAACGGCAAGUUCCGGCUCCUCACCUUCCGCUCCGAGGCCUGGGCCUGGAGUGUCUCCGCGAAGUUGCCGGUAGGGGAGGAGAAAAAGUUCCCUAUCGAGCUACCAUCGGACGAAUCCAACCUCGCCGGCCAUCGGACGACCAACGUGGUCAUCAUCGGCGGCGAGCAUGGCACCAUGGGCUGGGUCGAUCUCUGGCGAGGCAUCGUCUUCUGCGACGUGCUGCGCGAGCCGGCCACGCUCCGCAGCAUCCCGAUGCCCCUGCCCAUGAACCAAAUCAUCGCCGGCAGCCAUUUUGGCCGCGGGAUGAACUCCCGCGGCAUAGCGUUUGUCAAGGGCGGCUGUCUCAAGUUCGUCGAGCUGAACCUCGACGCCAUUGAUCUCAGUGUCAUAGACGAAGAAACUGGGUUAUCAACCUUGCUGGUGUCCGGUUGGUCCGUCAGAACGUGGAGUAACACCAAGAUGAGCAAUUCUUACGAGGAUUGGCAAGCGGGACCCCUUAAGGGUCAAAGCUUCUGAGAUCACAGUGGAAAGCCACUUGAUUUCGCAGCCCAAAGGAUUGCUAGUGCUGCCAUCACAGGGCAGUGAGACCGCAACAAUAAACCAAGCCUUGUGGAGCCUUGUUGUCACCGAUCCUUAUCCGAGCCUGGAUGGUGAUAUAUAGUUUACCUGGUAGCCAGGCCCAAAUUAUGGCACCGCAAGACAUGGGUACUUGUUCUGGACAUGAAGAAUAACACUCUGCAAACAGUGGUUCCGUUUGGAAUCUUAGAAGAACUAGAUCCAAAUGUCCUGUAUAGCACCAGCAACCUUCAGCACUGAAGGUGAUUUAUAGGUAACACGCCCCCCAAUGCAAUGAGAUAGAGAUGUACUCCCUCUGUUCUUGUUGAGACAUUCUUUGUUGGA